AUGCGUCUCGCCGGAUUGAAAUCGGCCGCUCUCUUCGCCGGAGCUGCCACGGCACUGAAAGCAGCCGAGAAUGCGACUCACUACACGCUGCAAAAUGAGAGGCUGUACGUGGCCGUCGGCAAAAGUAACGGCCAGGUUGUCGACUUGAGCCUGGACAAUGUCGACCUUUUGGGACCUGUCAGCGGCAACUCCGGCAAAGGUCCGUAUCUCGACUGUUCCUGCAUCCCCACAGGUUUCUGGACGCCCGGCGGCACCGCCAAGUACCAGCUCGUCGAAGGUGUCGACUCGACGGGCACCCCCUAUGGCGGCAUCAUCAUGGGCGACACGUACGCCCCGACCAACCAGUCACUAUACCAGUACUGGUUCCUGCGCGGCGAGGAGACGGGCCUCCAUGUCUUCUCUCGCGUUACCUACUUCAACGAGACGAGGCCCUUCCUGCGCGGUCUCGGAGAGCUGCGCACCCUCUUUAGGCCCAACACGAACCUGUGGACCCAUCUAGUUGGGAGCGAGGACAAUUGGGCUCCCAAAGUGUCGGCCGCUGGGAGUGCGGCCGGUGUCACGGUCCAGGACGCGACCACCUACGUCGGCAACACGCCUAAUGACCCUUAUGCCUCGCAGUAUUCGGAUUACUUUACCAAGUACACAUUUGCCGAACUCUGGCGCAACCAUGAUGUUCACGGACAGUACGCCGACGGCAGCACAUCGCCCGAUGGCAACACAUACGGUGCUUGGCUCGUUCACAACACCCGUGAGACGUACUAUGGUGGCCCGCUGCACUCUGACCUCGUCGUUGAUGGAAUCGUCUACAACUACAUGGUCUCCGGCCAUCACGGCGCACCCGUGCCUAACAUCACCCACGGGUUCGACCGCACGUUUGGGCCGCAGUUCUACUACUUCAACCAGGGUGGCCCGAAGACUUCGCUUCAAGACUUGAGGCAAGAUGCCGCACAAUACGCCGAUCCCGAGUGGAAUGCCGAGUUCUACGAUAGCAUUGCCAAGCAUGUGCCCAACUACGCACCAACAUCGAUGCGCACUACUUUUACGGCCAACAUCAAGCUGCCGCGUGGCGCCAAGCGAGUCAUUGCCGUUCUGUCGGAGAACAAGCAGGACUUCCAGCUCAACGUGUUCGAUACCAAGUCGCUCCAGUACUGGGCCGAGGUCGGAUGCAAUGGCAAGAUCAAGAUUCCCCGCGUCAAGGAGGGCACUUACCGACUGACCGUCUACGCGGACGGCGUGUUUGGCUGGUUCAUCCAAGACGACGUCAAGGUCUCUUUGACCGAGCCGCACGGUCUCGGCGGCGGCAGCGGUGCUCUCGAGUGGAAGGAAGAGUCCGCAGGCAAGGAGAUCUGGCGCAUCGGCAAGCCCGACAAGUCAGCGGGCGAGUACCGCCACGGCUACGCCCCGGACACGUCGAAGCCGCUGCAGCCGGAGCAGUACCGCAUCUACUGGGCGCAGUGGGACUUCCCGACCGACUUCCCCGAAGGCGUCAACUACAAGGUCGGCGAGAGCAAGGCCGACGUAGACUUCAACUACAUCCACUGGAGCGUCUUCGGCGGCCGCGGCAACUCGGUGCGCCCGGAGCAGGUCCGUGACAAGAUCAACAACUGGACCGUCGAGUUUGACCUCGACCGCGACCAGCUGCAGAACGCCAAGACGGCGACGCUGACGGUGCAGCUCGCCGGCGCCAAGACGGCCAACGGCAACAACAAGUGGGGUGGUAUCCUGCCGGGCGAGAAGUACAGCAACCUUCCGUACACUGUCGCGCUCAACGGUGUCGAAGAGGAGACCUGGGUCAUCCCGUAUUGGCGGUCCGGGUCGUGCGGCGUGCGCAGCGCCGUCGUCUGCCAGAACAUUGAGUACAAGUUCCGCUUCUCGGCUGCGAAUCUCGAGGAGGGCGCCAACAAGUUUGUCCUGAGCCUGCCGUACAACGCCACGAACACCGAGGGGGCACUGCUUGUCAACGCGCUGUACGUGCAAUACGAUGCACUGCGAUUCGAGCUCGAGUAG